UUAGGCAAUCGAACAAAUUAAUUAGUUAGAACUCGUUGGGGCGUUGCUCAUCUCGGUUUACGACAUGACGUCUAAUUUGCGUGUAAUUCAUUUCGUUGUCACUGUUUGUUUCAUCGGUUUUGCAUCCUCGAUUUGUCUCAAUGACAAGCAUCGGCCACAAUUUCACUUCAGUCCAGCAAAAUACUGGAUAAAUGAUCCGAAUGGUUUGAUAUAUGUGGACGGGGAAUAUCACAUGUUCUAUCAAUAUUAUCCAAAUGGUACCAUCCACGGUACUAUGUACUGGGGUCACGCUAUUUCGACAGACUUAUUGUACUGGGAAGAACUUCCGAUCGCUCUGUCUCCUGAUGGUUUGGGAGAGAUUUUUAGCGGAAGUGCAGUGCUAGACGUAAGAAAUACGAGUGGCCUCCAAACUGGCACAAACCUACCAAUAAUUUUAAUCUACACUCAAGAGGAUGGCGCCGCCGAACGUCAAAGUAUCGCUGUUAGUAAUGAUAAGGGACGUACUUUCCAGAAAUAUUCUGGUAAUCCAGUUCUGACCGAUCCUAGUUAUCGUGAUUUUCGAGAUCCGAAAGUUUACGAAAUUAAUGGAAAAUGGGUUAUGUCGUUGGCUGUAAAAGACAGCAUUGAUUUCUACUCGUCUUCCGACCUAAUACACUGGACUGCACUUAGUAAAUUUGGUGGCGAUCCAAUAGAAGGAGCGCACGGUGGUGUUUGGGAAUGUCCCGAUUUGCUUUCAUUUGAUUUAGAUGGAAAUACAUUUUGGGUGCUAUUAGUGAGCAUCAACCCGGGUGGACCCAAUCUAGGCUCAGUGACUCAAUACUUUUUAGGUGACUUUGACGGUAAGGUAUUUCGAAAAUAUGGCAUCAACCAAAACCUGUGGAUGGACUGGGGUCCCGAUAAUUAUGCGGGCGUUACCUUCGCAAAUGAUCCGUUAAAUCGUAAAGUUUUGAUUGCAUGGAUGAGCAAUUGGCUGUAUGGUGAAAAAGUGCCAACGGAGGCAUGGAGAGGUCAAAUGACUAUUCCCAGGGUCUUGGAACUGAAACGAGUCGAUAAAACUAGAGUUCGUUUGGCAUCAUCUCCAUCUGAAGAGCUUAAGAAACUUAGAUCACCCUCAGAUUUUUACGAAAAGACCGCUCCGUUAAUCAUACAAAGUGGAAACGUAUAUGAUUUCACUGCCGAUUUAGCUUUCGUCAAUCCACUACUCGAAGUUGAUGCAUUAAUUGAUACUAAUCUUGUUACUGCAGAUUCGUCGGCAAGCUUUCAAUUAUGCUUCUACAACAGAUUAAACGAACAACUUUGCGUCGGAUACAGCUAUGGGCAAAAUUCAAUUUACUUAGACAGAAGCAAUUCGGGGAGUGUAUCAUUCGAUACCAACUUUGGUCAACGGGCAACCGCUCAACGAGAAACGAAAAACAAAAUCAUUCAACUGAAACUGUUUUUAGACACAUCGGCCAUUGAAGUAUUUGCUGAUGAAGGUGUAACAGCAAUGACAGGAUUGUUUUAUCCAACCGAACCACUAUCCAGCAUUAGAAUUGGAUUCACUUCAGCCAAUAGUGCAAAUCAAUUAUCCGUUCUUUCCAUCACCGUUCAAGGCUUAAAAUCUAUUUAUAGUUGUUAGUCAUUUCCAGUAGAAACUAAUAAAGGUUUAUAUUCUGCA